GACCGAACUAGCCUUCCCGGCCAGCUCCCCUCCUGCCUGAAGCUAGGUGUCUUGGAAAACAUGAGGGCCCUUUGGCCUUUGCGGGUUCUUCGCCCCGGCGGAAGCGGGAGACUGUCGGGGGCUCUCUCCCUUCACGGGAGGCCGGUCGGUGUAGCAGGCGGCCCAUUGGCCCAGUGGAGAGGUUUGCUGACCACCAGAUCCAAGAAAAAUUAUGACAUGAGGAGGGUAGACAUAACUCCUUUAGAACAAAGAAAGUUGACUUUUGAUACCCAUUCAGUGGUUCAGGACUUGGAAAGUCAUGGAUUUGAAAAAGCCCAAGCAGAAACCAUUGUAUUAGCAUUAAUAAUUCUGUCAAAUGUCAGCCUGGACACAAUCUAUAAGGAGAUGGUCACUCGAGCUCAACAGGAAAUUACUGUUCAGCAAAUAAUGGCACAUUUGGAUUCGAUCCGGAAAGAUAUGGUCAUCCUAGAGAAAAGUGAAUUUGCAAAUCUGAGAGCAGAGAAUGAGAAAAUGAAAAUUGAAUUAGACCAAAUUAAACAACAACUAAUACUGGAAACUACUCGAAGCAGAGCAAAUAAUAAACUGGAUAUAAACCUGGAGAGGAGCAGAGUGACAGAUCUGUUUACAGAUCAAGAAAAGAAACUUAUGGAAGCAACCACUGAAUUUAACAAAAAAGAUACCCAUAUCAAAAACAUUAUUUCACAGACCAGUAAUAAAAUUGACAUUGAAAUUGCUUCACUGAAAACACUGAUGGAGUCAAACAAACUUGAGACAAUUCGUUAUCUUGCAGCUCCCCUGGCACGUUCAUGCUUAAUGCAGCUAGCAAAUUCACACCAACCAUUACAGCCCAUGUUCAGAGAAACCAUCUGUUUUUACUUGCCUGGCAAUAGCACUGGGAUUUUACCGCUUCUGGAAAUAAUAGCAGCUCUUCAGUAUCACCACCAGCAGGAGCAAGGCUGCUUUUUGAUACAUUUGAAGAUUUUUGCUUUUGUAUAACACUUUGGGGACAGAUUCAGUUUGGCCUGUCUCGGUUCCUGAAUAAAUCUAUUUGCCUUUAUUCCCUGAUGCCAAAAAGCUGUCAUUUAGAACCUAAUUAAAGUGUGGUAGAAAGGUAUUUUAUGAUUUAUACUUGCAGAUAGUUUACAGAGUUGGAAACAGUUUGCGCAUUGUGCCCUUCCAUAACCUAACCUAUGCCGUUUGGACAGUUUUGGCUACGUAUGACUAAGCUGCUCCCCAAACUUAAGUACUCAGUGUAUCUAUAUUCAUUUUUCAUCAUGACUUGAUCCUAUUUGUGGGGUUUUGUUUUUUUACUAAGUAGUAAGAAAAAUUCUUAUAUUCAUAUUUACAUAUUUAAGUAAAAUAAAAGAUAACUUCAUUCAUUGAAUUUUAA